UAUGUGGUUAUAAUGGCUAAAUUGUUAAAGCAAAACAAAUUAAAUAAAUAUAAAGUAAAUUAAUGGCACUUGCGUCAAUUUUACGUCGAUCACACAUUAUUCUAGACAUCACACACGCCGUAAGAAAAGUCGCAAAUUUGUCGUAUAAGAUAUUUGGGGAGAGCGACGUAGAUCCUGAUAGUCCACCAAUAUUUCUAUUUCACGGUCUCUUAGGAACGAAAAAGCAUUGGGAAAGCUUUGGAAAAACUAUGAUGAAUAUGACUCAACGGAUUGUGGUGGCUGUCGAUUUGAGAAAUCACGGUGAUAGCCCUCAUGUGAACUCUCACAAGUACGAUGAUAUGGCGGGGGAUAUCCUAAAGUUGUUUUCGAAAUUGUCAAUUGAAAAAGCUAGUGUUGUGGGACACGGUAUGGGUGGAAGGGCGUCUAUGUAUGUUUCUUUGAUGGCGGAGUGGGCCAAUGAACAAAUAAUUUAUUUUUGGUUUGGCAAGACUCCGUUCGUAAAAGGGCUUUGUACUUUAAAGAGCACAAAUAAAAAGCCAGAGAAGAUAUCAGCACUUUUAGUGGUUGACAUUUCACCGGUUUCCACUUGUGUUGACCUUAGAGAGCAGUUCCCAAAAAUCAUGUCCAUGAUGAAAGAAUUUAGUUUUAAAGAGCAAAAGAAGGUUAAGAUUGCUCAAAGAGAAGUUAAGAAAAAACUAAAAACGUUGAUAAGUGAUGAGAUUUUACUAAAAGCAAUUCUAUCUAAUGUAACAAUUAGGUCCACUGGUAUUAUUGGCUGGUCAUGUAACCUGGAUGUAUUGAUUAAGGAGUUUAAACAUAUUAUAACAUUUCCGCGAUUAAAAAACAAGAUAUACUACGGGCCUACGUUAUUUAUUGGGGGCCAGUUGUCUGAUUAUUUACCACCAGACGACUUGACAGCUAUACGAGAUAUGUUUCCCCGAGCAGUGAUAACCUACAUCCCUCAUACGGGACACAGUCUCUAUGCCGAUGACCCGAAGAGUUUUUUAGAAGUGGCUAUAGCUUUUCUCAAAACGAAUGACUAAUAACACUUUUAACUAUCAGUUGAUAUUUAUAUUAAUUUUGAAUAAAUUGAUUACCUCAUCACCUCAUA